UUGUUCAUGCACCAUCAGCCGUCUCCGCGCUUUCAUCUCGGGGACAGGCAGUGCGCAUGCGCAGCUCAUUGGCUCCUCUGCACCGUCUCCGGCAAGUUGGAUGCGCGCGCUCCUCACUCGCAGCCCGAAACCGCCUCAAAAACUGUUGAGAUGGGGAGGAUCAGGAAAAACCACUUUGGGAUUUUGACUUUCUCCCUACUGGCCACUUUUGUCGGGACUCAAAGCAUCAAAGAUCUGAAAGACCCCAGCAACAUGCCUCUGGUCAAAGAAACGGUGGACCGGCUGAUGAAAGGAUACGAUAUUCGAUUGAGGCCCGAUUUUGGAGGUGCACCCGUGGCCGUGGGCAUGAACAUCGACAUAUCCAGCAUCGACAUGGUGUCCGAGGUCAACAUGGACUACACCUUGACGAUGUACUUCCAGCAAGCAUGGCGGGAUAAACGCCUCUCCUACUCCGAGAUCGCCUACAACCUCACUCUGGACAACCGAGUGGCCGACCAGCUGUGGGUCCCCGACACCUACUUCCUGAACGACAAGAAGUCCUUCGUGCACGGCGUCACCGUCAAGAACAGGAUGAUCCGCCUCCAUCCUGACGGCACCGUGCUUUAUGGACUCAGGAUCACCACGACUGCCGCCUGCAUGAUGGACCUGCGCCGCUACCCUCUCGAUGAGCAAAACUGCACCCUGGAGAUCGAAAGCUAUGGUUACACAACAGAUGAUAUCGAGUUUUACUGGCGAGGAGGAGAAGGUGCCGUGUCCGGGGUGGACAGGAUAGAGUUGCCACAGUUUUCCAUUGUGGACUAUAAACUCAUCUCCAAGAAUGUGGUCUUCUCCACAGGUUCCUACCCCCGCCUGUCCCUCAGCUUCAAACUGAAGAGGAACAUUGGUUACUUCAUCCUGCAGACAUACAUGCCUUCCAUCCUGAUUACCAUCCUCUCCUGGGUCUCCUUCUGGAUCAACUACGACGCCUCGGCUGCCAGAGUGGCUCUGGGCAUCACCACCGUGCUGACCAUGACCACCAUCAACACACAUUUGCGAGAGACGCUCCCUAAGAUCCCCUACGUGAAGGCCAUUGACAUGUACCUGAUGGGCUGCUUUGUCUUCGUCUUCCUGGCCCUGCUGGAGUACGCCUUCGUCAACUACAUCUUCUUCGGCCAGGGCCCGCAGCGCCAGAAGAAGGCGGCCGAGAAAGCGGCCACGGCCAAUAACGAGAAACUGAGACCCGACCCCAACAAGUGGCUGGUGGGAAAUGUAGUUCAGAGAGAUGAUGCUCUGUAUGCCAGAAUGAAACAGAGGGAAAUUGACGCGUAUGACUCGAUGUGGGAUCCCAUCUUUGUGGACGAUGCCGCAUUAGGACUAGGCGAGCAGAGAAAUAAGAUGACCCCCGACGACAACAUCUUGUUCAGCACCCUGGAGAUGAAGAACGAAAUGGGCGGCGCCGGGGACCUGUCCAGGGGCCUGGGAGCGCCGGGGGACCCCCGCAACACCAUGCUGGCCUACGACAGCUCCACGCUGCAGUACCGCCGGGCGGCCAUGGCCCGCCAGAACUAUGGCCACAGCGCCUUGGAGCGCCACGCCCAGAAGAAGUCGCGCCUACGGAGGCGGGCCUCGCAGCUCAAGGUGAACAUCCCGGACUUGUCCGACGUGAACUCGAUCGAUAAGUGGUCCAGGAUGAUCUUCCCCACCGUCUUCUCCUUCUUCAACGUGGUCUACUGGCUCUACUACGUCCAUUAAAGUCCACGGGCCAUCUUGAGGCGGGCAUUCAAAGAUGGGCGCGAGGUGGCGAACGGGAGACAAACAGUAGUGAAAGGCUUCUUUUGAAACGGCGUGAGGAGAGCGCAUUGACAUUUUGGAGCGACGGCAGCAACGGUGACUCUUUUAGCAUUUGGGAAACACCUUCAGCGGACCGACUGACUUUCAAAGACAAGACUUUUCAAAAGGACGGCGACGGUGCCUGCGCCGCAACUUCAAUAUUCACAAAUAUUUCUCAUUCGUAGCUUACUCUCUCUGUGGAUCCCAAAUAUUUAUGCUUGUGUUUGCAUAUACUUUGAAGGGUUUCUUUGCUUUAGUAUCUAUUUACUUGCUAGCCGAGCAUCCGGGAAGCUUUCUCAAUGAUUUCAAGAGGAGUCCAUCCUUGAUAGUCUAUUUUCCUAGAAUUACUGUAAAUCCAAAACAUCCUUUAAAAAAAAAAAAAAGAAGCAUGCUCAUGUUUGAUUUCACUGGUGGAAAAAAGAGGAGCUUCAUCUUUUUGCUUUUCGCUUCCGCAGCACGGACCGAACCGAGUCCGUUUUCAACGUUGUUUCAUUUAGUUUUCUUUUACAACGGGGGGAAGAAGAAAAAGAAAAAGAAAAGCGGACUCUUCCUUACUUUCUGCCAUCGUGAGAAGAGCUUUAGAGGCGGGCUGGAAGGACUUUGCAGAUGCAUAAAUACAGCAAACCACAAUCAUCUUUAUCAACGUACGAUACCUUUCAUGCUGGUUAGGUUUCUGUUUGGGGGGGAAAAUGUAGAUAAUAUAAAUCAUGUUAAAAAGAAAAAAGAGAUGAUUUUUUUUUUUAUAAAUCACUUUAUGUGUAAAUAGGAGCGAUCCAUUCUACUGAACUGUUGUUUGUUUUGCAGUUGAAUUACAGAUUAUUUUCCAUUCCGUCACACAAACAAAAAAAAAAAGAGACAACGAAAGGUGCAAAUUUAACGAAGAAAAAAAGAAAAAUCACAACUUUGCUGUUGAUGUACUUUAUUUUUUUUUUGGACUUCUCCCUUUUUCUUUCUUUUUAAAUGGACUCUCGAAGCACCUGUACUUGCUGAAACUAAAGCACUUCCAGACACCAAUGGCUAGCGGGUCCGUGGUUUCUCCUCCGCAGACGACUCAACGAGGACCCCGCCAUCCAGGCAUUGAAGUCAGGCAUAUUUUGUACAAAGUUUAUGUAAAUUCCAAUUGUAAUAUUUCAUAAAGACUGUACAUACGUUGUGUAAUGAUUGUCAACGAUUAUGAAGAUGUAUCUCAAUUCAAUUAAAAACUCAAUACAGUCUAUCACUUCAAUAACAAA